ACAAAACAAAACAAACCAGAGAGGAAGACGGCGUGGAUUGAGAAGAAUGACAUUAAGUUUUCCUAAAGGCGAAUUAUAUUGGAAUUACAACCAUUUUUCUACCAGUAUAUGGGUAGCUUAAAGACAGCAGUCAAGUGAGGAGGACAACUCAGCCAUACUUAAAUGUGCUGCUAAAUCCUCCAUAUUUAAAACAAGGACUUUCUCUUUUUUUAUGCUUAAAAUCAAAUUUCCUCCAGAGAUUGACGAAAAGAUAGGGCGACUGAGACGGGGGAGGUGGCAGAAAGGUUUCCGUCAAGGAACUGAAGAUCUGUGCUCUGCAAUGCCUCUGCCCAGCAUUAGCGGAAUGGAUCCUCCCUUUGGGGAUGCCUUUCAAAAUUGCUCUUUUACUGACCAGGCACUGACCAGCACAGACCUGUUGGCUAACAGUUCUGACCCAGAUUUCAUGUAUGAACUGGAUCGGGACAUGACUUGUCGCCAGAGCCCUAGAGGAGAUAUUUUCACAGUUGGAGACUGCAAAGACUUGGACGGCAUGGAUCAUCUACCUGAACUUGUAGAUAACGACCCUGCUUACAGCUCCAACUUUGAGCAGUGGGACACAUACUGGGAGGACUUGACCAAGUACACUCGGCUCACCAGUUGUGAUAUCUGGGGCACCAAGGAAGUGGAUUUCUUGGGCCUUGAUGACUUUUCCAGCCCUUACCAGGAUGAGGAGGUGAUAGGACAGACUCCGACCCUGGCCCAGCUCAACAGUGAGGACUCGCAGCCAGUUUGUGACACUCUUUACCAUCCAGACUUGCUGGUGGGUCAAAAGCAGCUUUUGUUUCCACCUCCCACUGUGGCCAAGAAGACUAACAAACUCAGCCACUCAGCAACCAGCGCCUCAUCAAGUCGCAACCCUCUGCCGGACUUUGCCGAGGGAUCCCAGAAAGCUACUUGGCCUGUUCCCUCCAGCACUGACACAAUGUCCAAGGGGCAGUUUCAGGGCCCUAGCAAAGCCUCAACUGCACCUAUGGAAAACAUGGAUUAUGUUCGCAAAGCCAAGGUACGCAUCAGCGUACCACGCAAGCCUUUAGUAGAGAGCUCUGCCCAGAUUAGUGUUUCUGCCUCUCCUCUUAUCCAGGAGCACGAGUCUUCUGCUUCGCAGGUCAGCGAGGACCCACCGGUCAUCGCUGCUAACACAGAAUCCUCCAUUAGCUGUGAAAAGAGAGUGGAGACUCCUAAACGAGAGGUACCGACUGGUCCUGGUCCAGAAAUAGGGAACCUGAGGACGGUGCAACAGAAAGUCCACUUCACUGCAGCUACCGGCAGGGAAACCUUGCUCACCGUGAAUGCCCUUGGAUCCGACGCUUCUGCCGCUGACAAAAAGGAGGAGGAAGAGCACAACUACUCGUUAUUCUUAACCAGGGCCAGGCUGGCAGGGAAAGCAACUGCUGACAUGGAAGAAGAGGAAGAAGAAGAGGACGACGAAGGUGAAGAAGAGGAAGAGGAGGAGGAGGCAGAGGGAUUGGAUCUAGAUGAUGAAGACCACGAUGAAGGGUUUGGCAGUGAACAUGAGCUCUCAGAGAAUGAAGAGGAAGAGGAGGAGGAAGAUGAGGACUAUGAGGGUGACAAAGACGACUACGUUAGUGACGCAUUCUCAGAGCCAGGAUGUGACACUGAUAUGGCUGAUGAAGGCAAAGGCCUGACGGCUGGAGUUUCCAGGAAGAGGGGAAAGCGUCGAUACUUUUGGGAGUACAGCGAGCAGCUCAUCCCAUCCAAACAGGAGCGCAUGCUGAAACCCUCCGAAUGGGACAGAGACACACUUCCCAGCAACAUGUACCAAAAGAAUGGCCUGCACCAUGGAAAAUACGCACUGAAGAAGUCGAGGCGGACGGAUGUGGAAGAUCUUACUCCGAACCCUCGGAAGCUGCUUCAGAUUGGCAAUGAACUCCGGAAACUCAAUAAAGUUAUUAGUGACCUGACUCCGGUUAGUGAGUUACCCCUAACCGCUCGGCCUCGGUCUCGAAAGGAGAAGAACAAGCUUGCAUCAAGGGCCUGCAGGCUGAAAAAGAAAGCUCAGUAUGAAGCCAACAAAGUCAAGUUAUGGGGGCUUGGAACUGAAUAUGAUCGUUUGCUGUUUGUGAUCAAUGCAAUCAAAGAAGAGAUUGUCAGCAGAGUUCAGGAUAUCUCACAUGACAAAGGAACAAGCAUGACCGAGAAGCUGGAUAAACUCAUUGAGGAUACCUUAGGUAAGAAAAUGUGCUACAUUGCAUUAUUAUUAACACUUGUAAAACAUUGCAAAUGCGAAUUAUGUGUGAUCUUGUACAAGAUGUCUUCAAGUUUCUCCUCGAGUACACCACUAACAACUCGAUACAUCUUACUAGCUGAGUUGCAAGAAAUCUGCAUGCUUUACAAGCAUGAUCAAGCUGCGUCUUCUCCAGCAGCUGCUAUCCUUGUGUCUUCAAGAAUUUUAAGUGCCUUCACAUUGCUUCGCUCCAUGCUGCGACCUCUGUUGUAUUGAAACGGUUUUCUGAAG